AUGAAGGGCUCCGACGCAUUAAGAUACAGCUUGGCUGUGGCUGCGGUCUUCUUGGGCACCUCAUCAGCCGUCCCACCGCAGUAUCUCAGACAAAUGCCAAACCCCAGGCUCGAAAGCCGGCCCGGCUUAGAGUUUGCUCCGGUAGCUCCGGUAAACGAUGAUGGCCGCGGUGCGCCGUUGAAACCUCCAGCGGACGAACGGUUCAGCGUUUCAGAGGCCGAGUCGGCAGACGAUUCCACCGACGCACAACCAGUCCAGGCACUGCCCGAGCUGCCUGCGCCGGCAUUGAACGCCGCGGCUACUAAUAGUACGCCUGUUGCGGUACCUGCGACGCCAGGACAACCGACACCCAACCCUGCACCCGCACCUGCGGCACCUGCCGAGGCCGGCAAGGGUGGCGACGACAUGGCAUGCGCCAAGAUUCAGCCCGAAGUGGAAAAGUUCCUCAAGGCGCACCCCAAGGAGCAAGCCCGCGUCCCCGCCAAGAUGGCCUUCGACUGCCUGCAGACGGUCCCCAACAAGGUCGGGCCGGCGCAGGAGAUGAUCCGCAGCCUCAAGGCCUUUGUCGGCUGGCAGAGCACGCUGGCCUUCCUCAAGGCGCCGCCGCGCGACUACAUGCUCCCGCCUACCGACAUUUUGGGUGGACUGGACGCCAUCGCCGACUCGGCGCAGAAGGGUCAGUACAAGAGCGAGUACGAGUUCCAGACGGCCAUCUUGGAGCAUCUGGUUACGGCGCACGAUGGACACUUUAGCUACAGGCCCGACGUGUUCAAGGCCUUCACCUUCCGGAACCAGCUCAUCGCAAAGAUUGCUUCCGUUUCAGUCGACGGUGCCGCCGUGCCGAAGCUGUAUCAACUGGAUCCCCUUGUGAAAAGCAUCAACAACAGCACAGGCACAGCUCAAAAGGGCUUCCCACCAGCAAUCGUCAAGAUCAACGGCCAAGACGCCGCGACGCUCAUCGAAUCGCUGAACCUCAAGUACUCGUCGUUUCAGGAUCCGGACUCGCAGUGGAACUCUCAGCUGCCGUCGUACGCCACCCCCAACUCGGCGCCAGUCCUGGCCGCCUCGCGCGUCUACCAGGGCGAGAAGGUGACGUUGACGUACGAGGACGGCAGCGAAAAGUCCGAGGAGAGCUUCGCCCUGCUGCGGGCGGGCGUCAACUUUACGGGCGUCAAGACGGGCGAGGACUUUUACAAAAGGUUCUGCACGCCCAACGCGGUGCUCUCUUCGCCCGACAACAUCGCGUUCCAGAUCCAAAAGACCAACUCGACCACCAACGGGACGGCGCCCUCCACCAAGAAGAAGCCCAAGGUCCAGCCCUUCAUCCAGGGCUACCCGUGGCCCGUCAUCAGGGACGACGGCAGCAACAUCACGCACGGCUACUUCCUCAACGGCACCGGGUACGACGAGGUUGCGGUGCUUGCGCUCAACGCGUUCGCGCCCGAGGUCGACGGCCAGGCCGUCAACUACGUCAAGAACUUCCAGGAGGUCGUCGCCGACUUUUUGGUCAAGUGCAAGGAUGAGGGCAAGACCAAGCUCAUCGUGGACUUGACCGGCAACGGGGGCGGGAUCAUCGUGGCGGGCUACGAGCUUUUUGCACAGCUCUUCCCCGAAGUCAGGCCGUUCCAGGCCAACAACCUGCGACUCACCGACUCCCUGAUCGACAUAGCCCGCGUCAGCAACAACGCGCUCAACGACCCCAACAGCAAGCAGCGGUUCAAGGGCGGCAACGAGCGCGCGGCCUUGUCGGUGCUGAAGGACUCGGAGGUCACGUUCAACCUGAUGCCCGGCUUCGUGUACACGCCCGAGGGCCACAACAUGACGAGCGAGGAGCAGAUCCUGGCGCCCGUGCAGCUCAAGGGCGACAAGUUCACGGCCUACCAGUCGACGCCCUACAACGAGACGUCGGCCGAGUUCAACCUGACGGGCACGGGCAGCCGAGCCCCGGCCCCGCCGCCCGUCUUCAAGCCCUCGGACGUCGUGCUCCUGACCGACGGCACCUGCGGCAGCACCUGCACCAUCUUCUCGUACCUGGCCAUCAAGCAGGCCAACGUGCGCACCACCGUCGUCGGCGGCCGCCCCCAGGUCGGCAAGAUGCAGUCCAUCGCCGGCGUCGAGGGCACGCAGGUCUUCGCCAUGGAGUCGCUGGCCGCGGGGGCGCGGGCCGUGCUGACGCUGUCGCCCAAGGAGCGCGCGAACGAGCUGCGCAGCGGCGAGAUGGGCGUCCUGGCCUCGGCCUACGCCCUGACCCGCACCGCGACCCCCGGCAUGGCCGGCAGCGUCAACGGCAAGAACGCCUUCUCCAUGGACAACGCCCAGCUGCCGCUGCAGUUCCUGUACCAGCCCGCCAACUGCCGCGUCUUCCACACCCGCGAGACCAUCAUGAACCCCGCCGAGGCGUGGAAGCGCGUCGUCGACGCCACCUGGAGCGACCCGGACAGGUUCUGCGUCCAGGACAGCCAGGUCAGCCUCAACGAGACCGACGGCCUCGGCAAGAAGCUGGAGGAUCCGCUCUUCAGGCUCGGCACCGCCGGCGUCGCGGCCCUCGCGCCGAGUCUGCCGGCCGUCGUGGCUGCCGUGUUUGGUGUGCUGCUGGGUCUCGCCGUUGUAUGA